CAUCCGUAGUUCACACUUUAACAUCUAUAAGUGCCCUAAAGGGAGCUAUCAUGUGGUUGUAUGUAUGUAUGUACGGAUGCAUGUAUGAGUUAGUUAAAACGAGCGCUUCCCAUGAUGGUCGUUGACUUGUUGCGUUGUUCUGCCAUCUUGUGGUGGAAACAUUGCAUGACAACAACUUACAAUACAACGGGCUAAGUGAAAUGUGUCGAUUUGCCACGGAUUCCUGGAAGGUGAGAAGAAACGAGUGGUGCUUCGUGAACAAAGACCCGACAUGUUAAUAGGGGGAUAGCAAAGUCACACUCCCUGCCUGGCCACGGAGGAUCUUCGAGAGAAACAACAGCCCAGAUGGACACUGCAGAGGACGGAGACAUUUGUCGGGUUUGUCGGACUGAAGGGACCCUGGACAAGCCCCUCUUUCACCCCUGUGUCUGCACCGGCAGCAUCAAAUUCGUCCACCAAGAAUGCUUGCUGCAGUGGCUGAAACACAGCAGAAAAGAAUACUGUGAAGUAUGCAGUCACCAGUUUGCAUUUGCACCGAUUUACUCUCCGGACAUGCCGUCUCGGUUACCCUUCCAGGAUAUCUUUUCAGGUCUGGCCAUCAGCGUGGGAAGAGCCAUAAGAUACUGGUUCCACUACACUCUGGUGGCCCUUGCUUGGCUUGGUGUGGUGCCCCUCACAGCAUGUCGCAUCUACAAGUGCUUAUUUAUUGGCUCUCUGAGCUCUCUCCUCACUCUUCCGUUAGACAUGUUGUCAACACAAAACCUGACUGCUGACUGCCUUCAAGGCUGCUUCGUGGUCACUUGCACGCUCUGUGCCUUCAUUGGUCUGGUGUGGCUUCGUGAGCAGAUCAUCCAUGAUCGUGACCCCCAAUGGUUAGGGCAGAACCCUCUCCCUCUUGUUCCCCAUCGUCCACCAGCAGCACGGGAUCAGGCUCCAAGAGUUGACAAUGCCUUUGAUGACGCUUCAGAUGAGGAGGAAGAAGUCGACGACCGUCCAGUUUGGGGCUUAGUGGCUGAUCUUGAGAAUCAUGACGAUAUUUUGGCGGCUCUUGAUGAUGAUGAUGAUGGUGAUGAUGAAGAAGAAGAAGAACCAGAUGAGGAGGAUGAUGUUGAUUUUGAUGACGAAGAUUUCAAUGAGGAGUGGGGAGAACAGGACAAUAUCAAUGAUGAUGGUAAUGAAGGACAAGGCUUGAACUGGAAUGCUGUAGAGUGGGAGCGUGUUGCGGAGGAUCUGACAUGGGAAAGGAUGUUGGGGCUUGAUGGCUCUCUUGUUUUCUUGGAGCAUGUCUUCUGGGUUGUGUCCUUGAACACUGUUUUCAUUUUGGUGUUUGCCUUCUGUCCGUACCACAUUGGUCACUUCUCUGUAGUUGGUCUGGGCCUUGAGGAAUAUGUUAAAGCUUCACACUUUGACGGCCUCCUUGCCACAAUCAUGGGCUACGUUGUGCUGGCUGCAGCUCUUAUGUGGUGCCACGCUUUGGCAGCAUUAGUGAGAUUCCACCGCUUCAAACGUCUCCUGGGAGUCUGCUACAUUGUUGUCAAGGUUUCUCUGCUGGUUGUCAUGGAGAUUGGCUUGUUUCCCCUGAUCUGUGGCUGGUGGCUGGAUAUUUGCUCAUUGGAAAUGUUUGAUGUCACCCUGAAGGACCGGAGUGAGAGUUUUAACUCCACUCCUGGCACUACCAUAUUUCUCCACUGGCUGGUCGGCAUGGUCUACGUCUUCUACUUUGCCUCUUUCAUUCUUCUACUCAGGGAGGUUCUACGCCCUGGUGUCCUAUGGUUCCUACGGAACUUGAAUGAUCCAGACUUUAAUCCUGUCCAGGAGAUGAUUCAUCUCCCCAUCUACAGACACCUGCGGAGGUUUAUGUUGUCUGUGGUGGUGUUCGGCUCCAUAGUUCUGCUGAUGCUUUGGCUCCCCAUCAGGAUCAUCAAACUUUUCAGUUCCAACUUCCUGCCUUACAAUGUUAUGCUCUAUAGUGAUGCUCCUGUAAGUGAGCUGUCCUUGGAGCUACUUUUGCUUCAGGUGAUUCUGCCGGCUCUACUGGAGCAGGGACACACUCGCCGAUGGAUGAAGCAGCUCAUUCACGCCUGGACUUACACUGCAGGAUACAUGCUAGACCUUCACUCGUAUCUGCUUGGGGACCAUUCAGAGGAUGAUGACGUACACGUCCGCUUCCGAGCCGGCCGCCGUAAUGAAAAUCAUUUCCAUGGUCAUCACGCUGCCCGUCAUGGCCGUCUGCAGCAGAGAGGCCAUGCUGACUUCAGGCCGUACCACCCACCUCUUAACUUCCCCCUCAAGAUCCUUCUGCUGAUGGUUUUCGUUUGUGUCACACUGCUGCUGGCCAGUCUUCUGUGCUUGACGGUGCCUGUGUGCGUGGGCAGAGGAUUCAUGUCCUUCUGGAUGGGCAGUACUGAGGUGCAUGAGCUGUACACAGCGGUCAGCGGCCUCUACAUCUGCUGGCUUUCAAUUCGUGUUGCUUCAGUGCUGCUAUCUUGGAUGCAACAGGAUCCGACAGUCAUCCUGCACAAGGUCCAUGAGUGGGCUUUCAUGAUUGUGAAGACCGUUGUGGUUGCUGUGCUCCUGGCUGGAGUCAUCCCCCUGUUGCUCGGACUCCUGUUCGAGCUGCUGGUCAUCGCUCCGCUCAGAAUCCCCCUCGACCAAACGCCACUCUUCAACCCCUGGCAGGAUUUGGCUCUGGGUGUGCUUCAGGCCAAAAUCAUUACUGCUUUCACACUGAUGGGUCCUCAGUGGUGGCUAAAGACUGCGAUAGAGCAGGUUUAUGCAAAUGGACUCAGGAACCUGAACCUCGUGUACAUUGUGCGGAGACUGGCAGCUCCUGUCAUUUCUGUCCUCCUGUUGAUCCUCUGCACUCCUUACAUCAUCGCGAGAGGAGUGGUUCCUCUGCUGUGCGUGAAGCAGGAGACGCAGACACUGGUGGAGAGGCGCAUCUAUCCUUGCCUGCUGAUGGUGGGCAUCAUGUUGGCGGUUCUGCACUUCCAGGUUCGACAGUUCAGGCGUCUCUAUGAGCACAUCAAGAAUGACAAGUACCUGGUCGGACAACAGCUAGUCAACUAUGAACGGAGGAACAUCAGGGCAGCGUCCAAACCCUCCAAGGCAUCCACGUAGAGAAGCUCCUCUGCUCUUCAGGUGGAUCUGCCCGGCAACAAAACAUUUCAACUUGUCAACAUUUCGUUCAAGAUUCGUUUAGUGCAACAAUGAGCCAUACCUACUGAUGACUGUCCAAAGAUAUAUGUAUAUUUUUAACCUCAGAUGGAGUCGAGGUCCUGGACGACGCAGACAGGAAACCAACUUCAUGUUGUCAUUUUAAGAAAAUAUAUUUUUUUAGAAUUUUUUUCUUUAUUUACAACACGUCCAGUUGGAAGAUCAUCUAGGCUUCUUUUCCAGACACAAUUCUUUUUUUUUUUUUUUUUUAAACUGGCUUCCUGUCAAUGACGUUUUAGAUAGAUUAGAAAUGUCCUCACAAAGUUACUGUUACUUAAAAACGCUUAUUAGACAUUUCAGCUCAAUGAUUGUCAAUCAAGUCAGCCCUCCAGAACAGGCACAUUUUCGUCAGGUGGUCACAUGGUACAGAUGAGCGCAAGGUCGCUGAAGCACUGUUUUAGCUGAUCACAGUUUUGGGUUGGGGGUUAAAAGUUGUUGGUGUUUUUUUUCUUAUCUUCUCACGUUUGGAUUACUGGAUCGUUUGAAUGAAUAUGAAUAUCUAAGGAACGCUGCUUGUAUUUUUUGGCACAUACUGAAGCCAUUUAUGUUAGAAUUCUGUGAAUUAUUUCGUUGAUAUUUGUCAGUUAACUCUGGCAAAUGUCAGGUGCUUUUUAGGGGCCUGUGUUUUGGAGGCUUCAUUCUGAUUCUACUACUGUUCAACUGCACAGUUUUGAUACUUGUAUUCAUUUACACGAGCUUGUGAACGACUGAAGCAAACAGAAUAGACUGUUUGGGUUGGUUCCUGCUUGAGGUUUGAGGUUCCUUUCUGCACCCUGAUCAUUCACCACACUCAAAAUGAAACUAAACUUCUGCACUUAGCCUUCAUUUUUUAAACUUUUAUCUUAUUAUUCUCUCUUCUCCAAAAAAAUACUCACACAAACCAACUGAAUAUAUGUUUGUCUUUAUUGCAUUUGGAUGAAUUUAUGAUGUGUUUUUAAGUGCCUGAAUAGAUAGAUAAACCCGUUAUUUCACUAGCUUUGCUGAAGUUUCCUUCAGUUCCGCUUCCUGCCACUGGUGUCGCUAUUUAGCAGAGCUUUCUUGACUGAGUCACUUUAUAGGAGCAUGGACCUUUACUGUAUGACCUCUACUGAGUGUCCCCCCGAAUUUCAAGUAACAGUUUAGAACUAGCUGAAUAUUUCAUGUCAGCUCUUUGUUGCUGUGUCCUUCAUUUCAUCAUCACUUCUGCAUGUAUGACCCCCCAGAUGCAGGUGUUGGACCCUUCCCUUUGUGGUUUUAAAAAAUGUCUGCCUCUCUGUUCAAUAUGAGAUUCAAGUGACCUUAACUGUUGGCUGCAACAUUUCAGUUUCCAGAGUCAAAUGAUUUCUAUUGUUUUUUAAAUGUGAAAAUGCAGUUUCUGCACAGCUGUCAUAUGAGAUGGAAACAAAAAGUUCCAAUAAAGCCGAUGUCAAAUGUUGACCUGUGUC